AAAAUGGAGAAAUUUCACUUAAUCAGUUGUCUUCUUAUAUGUGCAACCAUUCUGUUGUCAGUCUCGAAUGCUCAAAAACUUCGCGGAGUCAUCGUACUGCACAGAGCCGGACUAAUGAGCGUGUAUGAACACGAAAAUGUCGCAAAUGGCUCCUCAAAGUACAGUUUGCUGGUUUCAACUUACGACCCAAGACCCAACAGCGUUGAUUACGCUUACGUCCUUGAUAGACCUGGACGUUUCAUCAAUAACCUGAUCACUGUAAAGCCGAUUCCGUUAGACCAUCUUUUCAGCUGGCCUAAAGAAAUGCAACAACUCGAUGGUGCCGCCUUUGGUAUGGAUGCAGUUUUGAUUCCUGAUGGCGCGAGCAUUUCAGGAAAGAGUGACGGUCACAUAUACAUCGCGAACGUUACCGACUUCAAAAACGUCAUCACGUAUGACAUCACCUCCCCACGCACUCCAAACUUAAAAGUUACUCAUCAUUACACGGAUGCCAUCUUCAAAAGAAUGUCUUUGAUUGGCGGAAAAGAUAUUUUGACCUGCAGAGCUGUAUACGUAUCAGGACUGUACAAUGGCUCUGAACUUGUCCACCUGAAGAGACCAGACAUAGGCAACGACUUAUUGAGACCAUGGAAAGAUACGGUCCUAAAGGAGAAGGCGUGUGAUGCAAAUCUCGUUGAGAUACCAUUCUUUGAGACAGUCCUUAAAAAAUGGGAUGUAAUUUAUGCAGCCGGUUCCAAAAUUAAACAGCUGAGCAUCAUCUGGGCCGAAACCAAAAAUGGAACUCAAGGGAACUGGGACGACCCAACUCACAUUAAGAUGCUAAAAUUGGACCAAGGAAGGGCGGUUACUGACGUUCAAGCAGUGGACAUUAACGGUGAUCUCAAAUUAGAUAUCAUUGCUUCCAUUGAAGGUAAAAAUGGUUCCGUCGAAAUCUGGGAGCUACCUAGUAAAGAUUUCAGAUUGGUGAGCAAUUACACGAAACAUGUCCUUGAUACAUACAGUUCAUUAAGAGGGGGUAUCUAUCAAGGCCUGACACCUGGAGCAGUCAGCGUUCAUCAUCCAACAUCCAAAAAAAUAGGCAAGCCCUGGAUUUUCGUGGCAGGUGCCGACAAUAAUAUGGUGCACUACUACGUGCCUCUUUCAAGAGAUCCCAAAGACUGGAGGUACGCCAAAAAUGUCCUGGUCGAUUUAGGACGUGGAAUGACAGCAGGUGGGCUGGCGGUGGUAGACCUCGAUGGGGACGGGUCCAUGGAGGUUGUUGUCAGCUGUCACGAUCUUUACGAAUUGAGAGUUUAUAGCUUGGGCUAAACUGAAAUAAUAGUUUUACGAAUAAUUUUGAUUCGAAAUUCAGCUAUACUAAAUUAUAUAACAUUAAAUUUUCACCUAAAUUAAAUUCAGAAUAAAAUUUUCAAUCGCG